AUGGUCUUCACCCACUUCCGCGCAAGACCUUUCCACUUGACCCUGCAGACCUUCAAACUCAUGUGCGCCGUUCAUCUCUUCCAGACACACGUCUUCGCCGUCGGUGCGACCAGCGGACCCUCCAUGUGUCCCACCUUUGCCGUGGAUGGCGACUGGGUGGCCACCGACAUGACCCAUGCGCGCAAUCGCAGAAAGGAGCUCCGGAUCGGUGACCUGGUGCAGUAUCGCAUCCCCAUCUUGGAUAACGCAGAUGGCAUCAAGAGACUGGUCGGCCUACCGGGGGACUACGUCUGCAUGGGAACACCAGGGGAGAGGGGGGAGGACCAGAUGAUCCAGAGGGGCAUUGCUGGGUGCUAG